AUCUGCUUUUUCUACACACUGGUGUGCUGGCAAAAUUUUGUACUACAGUUCCAAUUUUUAAUUUUAUCCGAUUAUUUGCGAAAAAAAAGUGUCCAAAAGUGUAGUUUCCUCAAAAAUAGAGAUAUUCGAUUACACAAGUUACAAUGGCCAACGUAGGGAACCUACUGAACAUCAACGUGGACAAGCUGUUUGAGCAGCACAGUAUCGCCGAAAUCGACCAGGUUCACAAGCGGCUGCAGGCCGAAGUUGAGCUCAAAAGGGAGGAGCUCAGGACGAUGGUCGGGGAACGAUAUCGGGAUUUGCUGAAAGCAGCUGACACCAUCGGCGACAUGCGGACGACGGCUAGUUCCAUAAUCGAAAAUGUUGAUAACAUCACUUCCGCCUGCCGGAAACUGAACGAUCAUCAACUGAUUGGGUUCAAAUCGGUCGGCGAUCAGCAAAGAACGCACCACACUAACGCCAACAGCAAAUUCCACGGAGUGAUCGUGCAAAUCAAACUGUUGACCAGCCUUCCGGAAAUGAUAUGGAGCGCCAUCGAUGAAGAGGACUACUUCGUGGCCACUCAGUUGUUUAUCUUUUCGCGGCACAUUUCGACCGGUUUGCAGCUGGAUGCAAACAGCGAAAUGAUGACCAAGUUCCCCGUGGCUAAGAAGCAGUGGGCCGUUUUGAGCCAGUUCUUUUUCACCAUCAAGCAGAACUGCGCCAGUUGUCUGGAACGAGAAGAUUUGACUCCAGAAGUGGCCGCUAAAUGCUUAGCCAGCUUGGUGCUACUGGAAAAUUGCCAAUUGGAUCAUAUUUUGUCCUUGUUUGUGCAAAUGCGCCUCAAAGCGUAUUCAGGUGUGCUUUCGGAAAAUUCGCGAUACGAAAAGGUCAAAGAUAAAAUCUUGGCCAGUUUGAAACUACUGAUGAACACAGUUAGUUUGAUGCACGAGUGCUUUAUUGGUAACGGCAUGGAACCGGGUCUGCUAGUGAAGGAAAUGAUGCUUGUGACGGACGAAAGCGCUCUCCCGACAAUUGCCUUGAUCAAAUCUGAGGAUCCAAAAAUUCUGCAAACUUUGCCAGAUAUUAUUUGCAAAUUCAGACCAAGAAUUGCAUUGCAACCAUUGCACGGAGAAUUGGUUCUGAAAAGUUCUCAAUUUUGGUUGCAAAACGUGGAGAAAAUUGCCACUGGACAGUUGUCGAACUUGAUGAACUUAGUGACGACGAUUAAAGUUCUUCAUGACAUAAAAAAACUUUCGUUAAAAGUCGCUUGCAAGCCUGAAAAUUGGUCAGACAUUUGCGAAAAGUUGUCCUUUCCAGAAUCAUUGGACUUUUACGCACUGUUCUAUCAACCUUUGAUAAAUUCCCGCAUCAAAGCUAUAAUUAGAAAGUGUUGGUCGGAAAUGAUUUCUUCGAACAAUAACGACGUACAAAACCUUGUUUCAUCUCUCACAACUGAUAAGCAUCUGAAGGAUUUGAAGGCUUUUGUUUGGUCCGAGUCUACUGAAGACAUUCCACUAAACUUAAAAGCUGCUUUGGAUCGAUCGCAGCCUGCUUCCCAUUAUCUUCUGAUGAAAACAAAGGCAUUCCCACCAACGCUAGUACAAUUGGCGUCGUCUUUCGAUCAACGCAUUCAAAAUCUCACAACCGACGUGGAAUCAUUUCUGGAGUCAUCCUCCCCAAGUGAGACUGCCCAGCUCAUUGAAUUCUACAGUGACUGCAGCGCCGAAAGCGUGAACGAUCUUUUGACGGCCAUUAAAACCAACGACUCCAGUCCAUCAUCGGAAAAACUAAUCCUGCAUGCUCGGCUACUCACCGCCUACAGAGAACUUUGUCCAUCUCUGAGGCAAUGCCUAACGCCAUCACUAAUGAAUCAGGCAGAACCCACAGCUUCCUGGCAAAUUGAAGGCAAAUCGGUUGACGGUGGUGACCGGUGGAGCAACAUUUCCUGUUUACUGGAAGAGGAAAGCAUCCGAUUCUGGAAGCUCUGGUUGGAGCAAUUUGUUACCAUGUGGCCUCAGCUAGACAAACAGAUCGGUUACCAAACAUUGCUCACUGAAUUCCCGCUAUGGGACACAGUCACCAUCGAAGAAAACGACGAGCAGAACCAACCGGUGCAAUCGACCAUUCACAUUCCCGCCCUGCCCAGUUUCCCACUGCACAAGCUGCUGCACGUCAUAACGUCCCUUUUGAACACCCUUGUCCCGCAAACAAUCCCCAAAGCCAUCGUCGUUCAAGUCGUGGAGCGAAUAAUUGCCUACCUGUACGACUACUAUCGCCAUCUGGCGCAAGACGAAUUCGUUCGGAAAAAUCAAAAUUCCGCCCUGCAGUACUAUUUCGAUCUGAAAUUUGUUCAGCUUCUGUUCACCGGACGCGACCGAAGGCAACUAGCCGAACCGUACAAUCAGCUAAUCGGCGAGUUCAAAUCCUACAUCGAUCCGUUCGAUUUUGACGUAUUCUACCCGCACGUGAACAGCAAUGUGAAGCGUGCCGUCCAGCGGAUGCAGCAUUUCUUCGGCAUUUUGGUAACAAACGGCGAUCAGCUAAGUUCGUUGCUCGGAACGAACACGGGAAGCGCUUCGGUGGCACCGGUCAAGGAUAAAAAUCCAAACAUUCUUGCGCUGAGUUCGAAUAGUGCUAGUGAAACGUGGUUCCCGUUGCUGCCGAUAGUUACGAAAGAUGCAGCACCGGCGACGGCGGUUGUUGCGGGGGCGAGUGCUGGCGCUGUUAUGGUAGAAUCAGUGAAAUCGAUCAACAAAGCGGUUGAGUCAUCUAAGCCGCCAGUGAAAGAGGCUACUGUUAAUAAACCUCGAGACUCGACGUCAUCUUCGACAGUAACGGCUCAAAACUACGCCAAAGGUGCAGCGGCUUUCUUCGGACUGGACAAGGACUGGUUCAGAUAAAUUAUUUAUAGCACAAGGUGAGUAAUUUUCAUAGUCAUUAAUACUUUUACGUCUUUAAUUUUCUUCUUUUGAUCUAAUUUUAUAAAGUCUUAUAAAUUAUAAAGGAAAUAUUUAAACACAGUUAAUACACAGAAAUAAGAAAUACUUAUAAAGUAACAA